AAGCACCAUGGGCAGAACCAUUAGCAUCACUCUUCUGCUGCUAUUCAUUGGUAAGGAACUACAGCAUAUCAUUUACUUGUAUUUCAACUUUUCAUCUCACUUGUUUUUCUUUAAGGUGCUAUGAGGUCGUGGGAGCCUUUGGAGGUCUGUGCUGACAGCGUUGACAGUUUCACACCCCUAUCAAGUGUUGCAGUAGACCACCAAAUAGAAGAGGUGAAAACUUGUGGCAUGUGUAAAACAUAAUUAAUUGAAGACUUUCACCUUUGCCUUUUAUUUGCCUUUUAUUUUGACCUCCUAACCACAGCUAAUACUGUUAUUUCAAACCCUAUUAAUGUCUUGGGUUCAUCCUUUCUGUCUAAAUCACCUCAUACUGAAUAUUGCAGCACAGAGGGUUCCCUGGUUCAUGUCGGGCCUGUAAGUUUGUUGUGUCCAAAGUGAAGAAGAAGCUUGGCAGUGAUCACUCAAAGGUAAGCAAACAUAAUGAGUAGUUAUUUUCUACACAGAGCCUUUGUUAGGUCCUUCAUAAUGACACAUGCUCCCAUGAAAAUAGUCACCUUAAAAUGUUACUCCAAAUGGUGGGAGUAGUAGUAACAAAUAUCCAUUCUUCCUGUAAAUUGAGAUAUUUUAGCAUCAAAAAGGGAAGAGGAAUAUUCCGGCAUAUAAUUAAGUUAGGGUCAAACACACCAUAACAACAAAGUUAGACAUCCGGUCGAGAGAUGAAUGUUGCUGACUGCUUGCUUCUCUAGUUAUACCAACUUUAGGAACGACCACAGAUAGCAAUACAGAGAGCCAUGCGCUCAACCCAAACGCCACUCUAUAGCCACAAAUAAUGCUCAGAACAGCACCCAACUUCAUCAGCAGUGCAUAUAGGGCCCCAGCCAUAGUACUAGCCACCAAACAUCUUUUUAUCUUUGCCUGAUUUCUUUAGGAAAGAGACUAAACACAACUCACCUACUCUCUUCCAGCAGCCGCUUGUUUGUAAGGAGAGCUCAGGCCGGUCCAUUACUGCAGAGGGGUGACGUAGCUCAAGGAAGCACAUUUAUGAUCAUUUCUUUAUCAUUUCCUUGAACAAUCAUAGCAAUCACAGUAUUAAUCAUUUUGCACUGCAGACGUGGUAGUUCUUCUGCCUGAGCGUCUCGGUCUGAUUGCAUUUCCAUGAAGAAAUGAUCAUAAAUGUUCCUUCUUGAGCUGCGUCACCCCGCUGCGGUAAUGGACUGGCCUGAGCUCUCCAUACAAACAAGCGGCUGCUGGAAGAGAGUAGGUGAGUUGUGUUUAGUCUCUUUGCUAAAGAAAUUAGGCAAAGCUAAAAAGAUGUUUGGUGUCUAGUACUAUGGCUGGGACCCUAUAUGUACUGUUGAUGAAGUUAGGUGCUGUUCUGAGCAUUAUUUGUGGCUAUAGAGUGGCGUUUUGGUUGGGGGCGUGGCUCCUGGGACGACUGUGUAUUGCUAUCGUGCAGUCGUCACUAAAGUUGGUAUAACUAGAGGAGAAAGCAGUCGGCAACAUUCAUCUCUCAACGGGGUAUCUAACUUGGUGUUAUGGUGUGUUUGACCCUAACUUAAUUUUACACCGGAGUAUCCCUUUAAAAGGGUCCAAAGCAGCCUUAUUACAUGCACAAAGUCAUUACACCUUGCUGUGUGCAAACUUUGACUCACGCUGACAUUUUGCAGGGUUUGGGGGUGUAAAAGGAAAAUAUUGGGCUAAAAAGGGAAAAAUGUGGUUACACAUGCUGCCCACUCCAGAUUUUCAGGAGAGUAGUGCAUGUGUAAAAAAUGCAAGAAAUUAAACUGCAACAUAGUCACUGAGAAUAUUGGAUAAAUAAACUAAAGGGCUGUACUUUUCUUUAGAUCUUUACUUGUCUGUUCAUCCAUUAAAAAUGCAGCCAUUAUUAAUCAAAUGCUCUGUUUGUCAUGUCUUGCAGGAAAAAAUUGGGCUGCUGCUGCACAGGGCCUGCAAUGGAUUGAAAUUUAAACUUCUCAUCUCUGCCUGCAAGAAGCUCGUCAUGAAGUACAAGGACAAACUGAUUAAUGCGAUAGCACACCGCGGGUCUCCGAGAUCAUGGUGUGUUAAACUAAAAAUGUGCUAAAGAGGCCUCUACCUAUAACUACUUAGUGUUGAAGUGAAACAGAGAAGUUUCCGUUUGUAUGGUGAUUUGUUUUUUCAUUUGUAAUAAAGCCUCUCUGAAGUAGUUGCAUUUUCAUGACUUUAUCCUUCUGAAUGUCUGAAUGAAUGAAUGAAUGGUGGAGGUUUAUGAGUCUCAUUAUUACUUACAUGGGUUCUUGAGAGUGGAGACCUGCUGAAUAAAACUCAGUUUCCUUAGUAUAAAGUUUCAUGAGGUCAUCAGCAUGUAGGUUACACGCUGAUUAAAAUGACUUGCUCUCAGACUCGUCACAUAUAUUCAGAUAGUGUAGGUUUUUUGUGGCUGACACCAUUUUAUUUUCGUGAGUUUAUGUGUGACAGGAAAAUAUGACAAAGCAGAGGGUAGGAAGUUUUGGUGUGAAGAUCAACCACCUGAAAGUACUAAGCUGUGACCUGUUUGUGGUGUGAGUUUUCCAUUUCUGUUUGGGGGGGGGUUUAGGGUUAGGGUCCCCUCUGUAUAAAAAGGUGUGACAUUUGCUCACAGACACUCAGAGACCAGCGCAGUAAUGGACGCAUCUUCAACCCUCCUCGUGUGCCUUCUGGUCACAUAUUCAGGUGUGUUUUAAUGUUUUGUAUGAAAGUGUGUCUAUUAUGCACAUGAGUGAAGUUGAACCUUUUUGUUUCGCCUCCUCGCAGUCUGGACGGUCCACGGUGCGAGCUUAGAGAUCAAGAUCGACGAUGAGGAGCCAGUGGAAGUGGACAUGUCUGUGGGUAACAUGCUUUAGAGGAUUUAGGUGAUCUCUAAUAGUCUGGCAUCCAUCUUCCAACAUCAGUGUAAAGGUUAAUAAUCAAAAUGUCGCCUGCACGUUGAUGGUGUCUAUAUGUCCCAUCAUUAAAUCAUUAAUACUAGUGCAAAAAUGUGUAAGCCACAUUUCUGUUUCAGCAGGUAUGCUAAUUUCAUCUCCUUUUUUCUAACUCUGGCUCUAAAGCUGCUGUAGGAUAUGAUAAGAAAAGAUAAAGAUCAGAUAAAGAUAAGAUAAGAAGAACUUUAUUUAUUCUUGAGGGUAAAUUUGAUAAGGGGUAAGGGGUCAACUGGUUGUGAAACAGACUUUUUUUUUUUGCAAUAACAGAGGCCUUUUACUUUUUGAAGACUUAAAGUUGUCAUUUCCUCAUGAGAUUAAAGUUGUUGUCAGAUCAAGUCGUAACUUUCUGGUAGGAGAUCAAAACAUGUUGUUAUAGUCAUAAUGUUAAAAAGAUAAGAAUAAAGUCCUUAAAGUCACAGUUGCACAAACCAAAUUCCUGAUAGAAGCUUUAAGUUUAUAGGUUUUCUAAAAUUACAUCAGAGACUCGCACAUAGUUUUAGUUGAUUAUUGCAAAGACAUUUGACAAAGGCAGCCUGAAUUUGGAAUAAAUGAGUCUAUAUGUUGUUGCCGUGAAUUAAUCCUCUUAGUUAUCUUCUAUCAAAAUGAGAAAACUUGGGUGUGUUUUGUAAAAGGAUUAUACAUUUUUAACUUAUAAAGAGGAAUUAGAUAAAAUUAGAUUAAAAGACAGCAAUUUGGUACUCUUCACAAGUUUUUUGAACAUUAAUUUCUGUGUAUGCUGCUUUCAACAUUUUCUGUCAUGUAGUUAUUUUCAGGUUUUAUCCUCUUGCUCACAGUUAAAUGCAUAACUUUGGUCUGCAGCUUCCAGGUGCCUGCUGGGCAUGUAAGUGGGCUUUGAACAAAGUGAAGAAAGCUGUGGGGUCAAACGCCACAGUUGAGGUAAAAUUACACGUCUCAUAGUUAAGCAGAUUAACAAGCAGUUUUCUUUUCUGUAUGAUAUGCAUUGUUGUUUUCUAAUUCUCUUUCAGGUCAUAAAGUCUAAGUUGCUGAAAUGCUGCGAUGGAAUUGGCCUCCUAAAAGGCCUGUGCCGCAAAUUUGUGAAGAAACACCUGGGGGAGUUGAUCGAGGAGCUCACCACCACUGAUGACGUGAGGACCAUCUGUGUCAACGCUGGAGCCUGCAAGUGAGUUCUGACAGCUGGACUGUUAUAUAGCACCGUUAGGAUCACACCUCAUAUGUAUCCCUCUGUAUUAAUUAUUCACAACCAAGCAACUGUUCAAGGAAAAAAAAAAAAAAGUUUUCCCAUUUGACAAACUUCACAGUACUCAAAACCAAGUGAGAUCACUCAAUGGGUACUUCUUUCAGCGCCACUGUUUGAGUAAUUUGAUUCAUCUUUAGUUAUAGAUUACAGAUAUGUAACACAUGACCAUUUGAGCAUAGGUAUAAUAAAUCAACACUUUUUCUGAUGUGCUCUCUGUAGACAAAAGGAGUUGUUGAACCUGCACUUCUAUCAAACGGUGGAGGAUCCCUCAGUUGAAGUUGAUGAAUAUCACUGAUCAUAUAUGCAUUAAACAGCCAUUCGGACCAACAGAUGUUGCUACAAAAAAAAAAAAAGAGUCUCUUCAAGCUUCCUUCUUGUAAUUGCCUUCACUCUGUGUUGCAUUUUGUCGUGUACUUUGAUUUACCCUGCAGAGCCUGUCAGGUUUGUUUCCACCACUGUAUUAAUAAAUGUUUGCAAUUCAAAUUUUGUGACUAUUUUUUUUGUAGGUGUACACAUAUUGGCAGUUUAUCAUUACAUCUGACCCUAUCAGAAUCACUUCUUAAUAUAAGAAUACUUUAUUUAUGAUAACUGACUCAACCUAACUUUUAGGCAAAUUAAAAACAGGACAGGAGGAGCUGUAGCCGUCUUUAAGUAUCCUGGCAACAGUUACACCAGUCUGUACAGUAUGUAAGUUAACCCAGGCAGGCCCGUGGUUCUGCAAAUCUGCACAUGAAAGCUUAGGGAUAUUCAACUUUCAGGUGAAAUUUAUGUAAAAUGUAAAAAGUAGGAUAUAUAAGGAGAAGCAAGCAAUCACAAUU